AUGCUGCUUGCUUUCUGCGCCGCCUUGUGCUUCUGGGGAGCUGCGGCUGCGUAUGCGGCAGCGGAGCCAGCUUUCCAUUCCUUGCUUCAGAUUCAAAGCGAGCUGGCGCCUCUCAUGCCAGUGCCCCAACGAGAUUGCUCUGCAUUGGCAGGGGACGACUGUAGCUUUAAAGCCGAAGGUGGGGCCGAAUUCAACUGCACGGUUGAGCAUGCGUCGCGCCUCAUGUAUGAGACGUGGGUGCCGCCUGGAGCUUCCGUCCUACAUGUUGGGGCACGCUAUGGUCAGACCUCAUGCCUGCUCUCAAGAGUCUUGACGGACCAGAACUCCAAGCUCGUCUCUGUCGAGGCUGACCCCAGUGUGUGGGAUGUUCUGCAAGAGAACUUGGAGGAGCACAACUGCCGAAGCGAGGUGGUACAUGGUGUGCUUGGGCCUCGCAGCCUCAAGAUCAUCACGCCCGACUGGGCAAAGAAAGACGGCAUCAACGGCUAUGGGGACCUGGCCGUGGAUGUCGAUGACCCGAGGCCAGGUUUGAUCUCGCCGGCCCAUACGGUUCAGUCCCUUGGCGCGAGCUUCGACACUCUGGCGAUCGACUGCCAGGGUUGCUUUGCCACCUUCCUGGAUGACAACCCCGUGCUGCGGCAGACGCUCUCCCUGAUCAUCGUGGAGGUUCACCAGUGGUCUUCGGAGCCGAGCACAGUGGAGAAACUGCUCCAGGAAGGCUGGGAGUUGAAGCAGAAAGUGAUGAGGCAGCACGUGCUGUGCAAGGGCCCCUGCGUCAGCCAGUGCGAUCCUGGCUGGGCUGAGCAGCACGCGCGACAGUACUACGGAGACGAGCUUCUUGGUUUUCAGGAUGGUGGGGCAGGGGUCCUUCGACCGCAGACGGCCAAACGGGAAGUCAAAGCCUUACAGCGGAACACCCGCAGGAUACGAGUGGCCUCCAUGGUGUUCAGCCAGACGUUUGAGACCGUGAUGGGCAUCAUCAUCGUGGGCAACAUCGGACUCAUCAUGUAUGAGGCAAAUCAGGACGCCAAGUGCUUUCCCGACUGGGCCGGCAGAAACAUAGACUGCCCACAUCGGAGCGACUCCAUAGCCUGGCUCGUGUGGACCAAUCUGCUCCUUCUGAUCACCUACACGGUCGAGUGCGGCAUCCGCUUCUACGUCGAGCGGACGAGCUUCUUCUGCAACAAGUGGAACAUGAUCGACUUGGUCAUCGUGAUCCUCGGGUGGUCGAGCAUGUUGCUGGCCUCCGUGGUCAAGCUUCAGGUCAACCUCAGCCUUCUCCGGCUGAGUCGCCUAAUCCGAGUUCUUCGCGCGAUCCGGGUGUUCAUCUCCAUACCCGAGUUCUACCUGCUCGUGACCGGCCUCUACUCUUCCAUCAAGGCGAUCCUCUUUGGCUCGAUGAUGCUCCUCUUUGUGAUCAUCUUCUGGGCCAUCGUGGCGGUGGAGCUGCUCCAUCCCGUCAUGUCGCGUUUGGAGGCCGAGUGGAUCCGGCUGCAUUGCCCGGAGUGCAUGUAUCGAUUCGCGGACGUCUUCAGCGCCGGAGUCACGCUGUUUCAGCAGAUUGUUGCUGGCGACUCAUGGGGGCAGAUCUCGCUGCCGCUCAUUGCCGAAAACCCAUGGAUCGCGGUGAUGCUCUUCAUCAUUAUGAUGACGAUCUCGUUGGGCGUCAUGAACCUGAUCCUGGCAGUCAUCGUGGAAAGAGCUACCGAAGCGAGAGAAAAUGAUCAUGAGCAGAGGGUCAAGCAGAAGGCGCAGGAACGCGCCAAGAACAUGGUGGAGCUGGCUGUUCUCUGCGCGAACUUGGAUAAGGACCAAAGCGGCACGGUGUCGUUGGAGGAGAUGCAGAGCGGAUACGAUCAUGACAAGGAUUUCAAGAAGCUCAUGGACCAGAUGGACAUCAAGAGGGAUGA